UAACGCAAUAUUUGUUCGACGAGGCCGUCUGGGUUACUUCUGUUCUCUGGAUUAGAGCUAGUGGACAAAGAGAAGACAAGACUCUCUCUUGUGUCUGGUCGGAAAUUCUUCAACUUCCACUAUCGAUUUCUGGAUGUUUUCUCUCUAAUUGAAAGGCCAAGUUAUUUUUAAUUGGUAGUUUUCAAGAUGGGGAACAAAGCUACAACAACGGUGAAAGAAGAACGGGUAGAGAUCCACUUGAAGGUUGCACCUUCGUUAGACAGGGCUUUUGUGCGUUGGCUUGCAAGAGAUCUACAGAGAGUUCAAGGAUUCAAACCGAAGAACACUCGUGCCAUCACACCUCCGGAUAACUACAUCGAGUUCAUGAGGUUGAAUGGAUCGCUUGAUGUGGAUUUGGAUGACCCUGAUCUUGCACAUUUGUUCAAGUAAAACAAAAAAAAAAAGGUUCUUUCUUUUUCAGUGUCUUAGCGUCCCUGUUGAUUACUCAUAAUUGAGCUUGUGUUUAAAAAAAGAAAAGGGAUAUAAAAGUGUCUGCAAUGUGCAUUCAGCUGUCUUGGUUUGUUUAACAAGUGUUUCUUAUUAAGCUGUCUUGGUUUGUUUAAAUCCACAUAACAUGUUCAUUAUAUCUAUCAUUUCCAAAAGUUCCAUGA